AUGCCUGGUGUUGCAGUAGUGAUUGCUAACUAUUCCAUAUUAUUCGAAGUAUUCUUCUUCAAUAUCGUCGGCUGUUUCGGCAAUGUUCAACUGCUUUGGACAACUUAUAGGAAGAAGUCUACACAUACCAAACCCGGUAUUCUCCUAGCAAUAAAUGCUUUCUACCACAUAAUUUGUCUGAUUGGUGAACUGGUAAACGCAGCAUUCAUUAUUCGUGUGCCUUGGAUAAGACAAGCUCGAUAUCCUGAGGACAAAUCUAUGUCGGCGGUAUCGGAAAUGCUCUUCAACGCCAUACCUCACGGUUUUUAUUUCGGUUGGAACGGCCUAUGCUCUUCUGGUUUCAAUAUGGGGUUUUGUUGCUCAGAAUAG